GUGAUCACUUGAUCCUCCCUCUCAAGCGGAGAUCACACACACACAAAAAUACACACACUUGUGUCCCUCAAAAUGUUUCUCAUUCGUGUUUUUCUUUAUUUUUCCGCUUGCCCCUCUGGAUUCUUUCACCCGGAAAUAAAGUUAUCACUGUAAGUAAAACGCUUUCUUCAACAACUUGACACACUUUUGACUGAAGCUGAGGUAGAAAUUUGAACUCCUGUAGUCGGACACCGUGACCGUGCGUGUGUGUGUGUGUGUGUGUGUGUGUGUGUGUGUGCGUGUGUGUGUGUGUGUUUCUGACUUGCUUGUACCUCAAACCACCAAGUAAACCCUCCAGGUGACCACAGUAGAGUGUAGACUGUAGAAGUGUGCCUGUCCUCAAAUCAACACACUCUCCUGUGUAGCCCCACCCCAUUUAGGUACCCUAAAUGGUGCCCUCUAAAAAUAUAAUUUUAAAAGAAAACUGAAAAAGACAGAAAACAGCAGAAAUGGAAAAAUCUGAAGUCAUUUUACAAGAAUCAAGUCAAAAUAUUAAGAAAAAAGUUGCAAUUUUACGAACGUCUUAAUAUUAUGAGGCAAAAUUUUAGUAGCAUAAAGUUGAAAUAUUAAAGAAAAAAUAAGUUAUUAAGUUGUUAAUAAGUUAAUAAGUUUUAAGUUGUUAUUAUGAGAAACAAAACAAAACAACAAAUAGAGUUGUAAUUUUUUGGAAAUUGGGUUGCUGCAAAAGUUAUAAUCUUAUGAGAAUAAAGUCAAAAUAUGGGAAUAAAGUCAUAAUUACGUGAAAAACAUUUACAAGAAGAAAGUUGAAAUAGUUGUUAAAUUUAAAAAACAACAGCAAAAAUAAAAAAAAACUAACAUAACAUAACAAAAAAAUAUUAACAGAAAAAGUUGUAUUGUAACGAGAAAAAGGGGUCGCAAUUUUAUGUACUGUAGUAUGACUUCGUAACAUAUCAUUUUAGUCGCAUUGAUUUGAUAUAUAAAAGGAAAAACAUGUUCUUUUUUAAAAGUCGUCAUUUUAUAAAUUGUAAUUUUUGGAAAAUUAGGAUGGGGGGAAAAGUUCUAAUAUUAUGGAGAUAAAAUCCAAAUAUCAUGGGAAUAAAGUCAGAAUAUUACAAGUUGUAAGAAGAACAUUGACAUACAGGAUGUGGAAAAUGAAAAAAAAAAAACAACAGCAGCAAAAAUGACAAAACUGAGAUGCAGUUUAUUUUUUUUAAUUAACUUCUUAGCAUAUCUACGUGUGUUGCUUUACAAAAUAUCCAAGUGGCAAAGUUGCAUCCAUGUGGCCUUUGGCGGAAAAAGCUUGGACCCCCCUGCUCUACACAUUGGAUCCAUCGCACAUUCAGCAUUAUUAAAUGAAAAAUGAUUUUUUAGACAAAUGUGUUUUCUCUUCUACAGAAACCACAUCUCAUUCACUAUAAAGCUGUGAUCAUUUCAUUCAUUCAAUGUAUCCAUCUUGCAUUAGCAUUCAUUAGUGGUGAGUAGCUAUACAUUUUAUACUUUAAACGAGUUGAAUAAGUGUGUGAGGCAUAUUUAGGGCUUAAACCAGGAUAGUGUGGCAAGGGAACAAUGGCAAUUGAAGAGAGACGAAUCUAGUCUAAUCAUUACAACAGUCACUUUUAUUACAAAUGUCGAUCCGAACAUCCACUCCAAGCUAGCAGGAGGGUUUGGAGCAACAAUAUACUUUUUUAUGGGCAAAUUAUUCACAGAUUUUCGCCAUUCGCUGGUGGUGCCAGAACGUAACACUGUAAAAAAAAAGUGAUCUCCUUUUCCACCCCAAUAAAACGGUACCAAAAGUGUUGUAUUUUGGUGUAAACUAAACAGUUUUUUGUUGUUUGUGCAGAAUGAAUACAUGAAGGACAACUUCCUGAUCAAGAUCGAGACAUGGCACAAACCUGACAUGGGACACCUGGAAAACGUUCACGGUUUGGAUGCAGAAACCUGGAAGAAGGUGGACGUGGUCUAUAUUGACAUUGCGGACAGAAGCCAAGUGGAGCCCAAGGACUACAAGUCUGAGGAGGAUCCCUGCAGGUUUAAGUCCAUGAAGACAGGACGAGGCCCUCUAGGACCAGACUGGAGGAAGGAGCUCCCCAACAAGAAGGACUGCCCACACAUGUGUGCCUACAAGCUGGUCACGGUCAAGUUCAAGUGGUGGGGCCUGCAGAAUAAAGUGGAGAACUUCAUACAAAAGCAAGAGAAGCGUUUGUUCACCAACUUCCACCGUCAGCUCUUCUGCUGGAUCGACAAGUGGAUCGACUUGAACAUGGAGGACAUCCGUCGCAUGGAGGAGGAGACGCGCAAGGAGCUGGACGAGAUGAGAGUGAAGGACCCGGUCAAAGGCAUGGUGGCGCUGGAGGACUGAGGUCGGCUCCAGACUGUGAAUGCUGCUGCUCAUCAGACGGUACACGGAGACACCAGCGGAUUCACAUCCUCCUCUCAUUCCAACUUGACGCAACUACCGGCCAGCCGGUUCAAACACGCCGACCCUUACCCACCCCCUCCCUCGGUACUGUCUGAUUUUCAGGGACGUGGACGCUAAACUCCUAGUCUCUCGUCUCCAUUGGACGCACUGAGGCGUCCGGUAGAACCCUGCAUAGGUCCAUUCAUUCAUUCAUUCAUUCAUUCAUUCAUUCAUUGAGUCAGCACCACAGAGAGCAGUGUUAUUCAUCUCUGUCAGCGAUGUAGGAUUUAAAGAAUAUUACAAGAAUAUUACAGUCUUGUACAUACAGAAACACAGUAAGUCAGGGGGUGAAGUCAUUGUAUUCAAUAAUGCAGUAUUUAUAUACUGUACAUAUAAAUAAAUAUAUAGAUAUAUAUAUAUAUAUAGUAUAUUAACAGGGUUUUUAAGAUGAUUUUGUCAGUGAGUUUAUCUGUGGACUUUUUAUCCUCCCCAACCCGCCUUUUUUUUUAAAAUUUCAAAACGUGGUAGCUUUAUUUCCUUUUGUGUCGCACCGUGUUUCCUACAAACACACUUCUCUGCAUUUUGAUCCCUUGUCAUCACAUCCGAGGGCAGGCAUUGGUUCUUAUUCUGCUGCUUUGGCAUGUGUGUGUGUGUGUGUGUGCGUGUGUGUGUGUGUGUGUGUGUGUGUCCACACUAGGUCAUUAAAAAUUGAUGACUGAAAUGCAAACAAGAAAACAACAACAUUCCAAGCGACUUCAAAUCUUCAGCCUGGUUUCCACUGAGAAGUUUGUACAUUUGUUUCCGUUGUUAAAAGUGAUGAAGGGUACCAGGAAAAAAGCACCUUUUGGCGCCCUACUCACGUUAGGCCAAGGGUGUCCAAAGUGCGGCCCGGAGGUCAUUUGCGGCUCAAAGCUGUAUUUUUAUUGGUCUGCGGCAAAUUGCAAAAAUAUAAUUUAACAAGGAACAGAAAAAAAAACAACAGCAAAAGUUUAAAAAUCAAUAAUUCAAUCAUUUUAGAAGAAUAAAAUCAUGAUAUUAAGAGAAAACAUUUUUUAUCUUAACAAGAAAAAGACAUCAUUUUAAGAGAAUAAUGUCAUCAUACUAUGAGCAUAUGUUAUUUUUGGAACAUCAUGUGGGGGAAUAAAGUUACAAGAAUAAAGUAAAAAUAUAGUGGGAGUAAAGUCAUAAUUCAGAGAGUAAAAAAUGGCAGAAAUGCAAAAAACAGGUUUUUACGAGCAAGUCUAAAUAUGACGGGAAAAAAGUUGUAUUCUAUCGAGAAAAAAAGUCGCUAUUUUAGGAGAAUAAAACUGGAAUAUUAUGAGGAAAAAACGUCAUUUUAGUUGCAUAAAGUUGAAAUAUUAAGGAAAAAAAGAUGUUAUUUUUUUAAAAGUCGUAAUUUUAUAAGAAACAAACCAAACAAAAUCAUGCGGGAUAGUUAUGUUGUGAUAUCAUGUGAAAGUCAAAUAAUAUGGCAAUAAAGUCAUAAUAUUCCGAAAAGAAGAUAUAUGACAAUGAUUUACAAAGAAAGUUUAAAAUUUGAAAACUAAGCAACAGCAAUAAUGGGGGGAAAAAGAGCGAAGAGUGAAGCUGAUACUACUCACAGGCUUUUUCACCUACAUGACAAAGCUGAGAUGAAAUAUAUAUCAUUUAGCAUAUCUGCAUGUGUUGCUUUACAAAAUAUCAAAGUGGCAAAGUUGCAGUUUCAGUACAUGGUCCUCCCUGAAAAACCUUUGGACACCCCUUCUUUAGGCUGCCUGAAGGGGGUGGAGCUAAACACCGGGCAGUGUGUUGAUCAAUGGACAGAGAAUGUAGUGGGACAGGGGUGUCCAAAGUGCGGACUGGAGGCCAUUUGUGGCCCCCAGCUGAUUUUUUUAAUGGUGCUCGGCACAUUUUAAAAAUAUGAUUAAAUGAGAAAACUAACAAAAACAGCAAAAGUGGAAAAAAGAGCAGUGAUUUUACAAAAUAUUAGAAUAAAGUCAGAAAACAGUAGUGCUUUACGAGCAAAAAGGCGUAAAAAUAUGAGCGAUAAGUUACAUUUUUGAAGCAUAAAGUUGAAAUAUUGAACUACUUUUGAAGUGGUAAUUUUAGAAAUAAAAAAAAAAUGAAUACAGUUCCAAUUUUUAGAAAAUUAAGUUGGGGAAUAAAUUGUAUUACACUUUGCGGUUCGAAUUUUGCGGCUUCUCGGUUUUUCAAACAUAUAUUUAUUCAAAAAUAAAGCUGUUUCGUGGCUGAAUACAUCCCAGUAUUAGUCAAGACAUAUGAAGCAAAUUGUACAUAUUUUUUGCUUUAAUGAACCACUUUCAAGCAAAUGGCUAAAUGAAGUAAAACACAAAUAUAAGGCAUUCAGAAGACGCAUUCAAAGAUGUUGUGAUGAUAUGUAGUAUUCUACACUGCUCACUAGGUGCCAGUAUUGUUACUGUAAUGUUGGGUGAAACACACAAGCACCAGACCUGAUCACCGGAACAACAGGCUUUUAUUGCAGCUUUGAAUGAUCUCACAACGGGCGCAAUAAUAAUAACAUAAUAAUAAUAAUCACAAUAAUAACACGGGCUGCUGUUGCGGCCAUAACCCACGGCAAGCUAAAACUUAACUCUGAACCCCCAACGUCACUUCCGGUCAUCUAGCAUUGGAACACAUUUACAGCAGCACACAUGAGCAUGAGUCUUAUUUAUGUCUUAUUUUCUCUUAUUUUGUCUACUAAAUUGGGUAAUAGGGUGAAUAUAGUGGUGUUAUUUCAUGUCUGGAGGGCUCUAAUUAAGUUUAAAGAGCAUAUUUAGAAGGUGGUAAACAGGUUUUCUAUGCCCCAAAAUAUUCCAUUUAGAAAUAAGGAAUCCUACUUUGCGGAAGUUGACUUAUCAUGGUCGGGUCUGGAACCAAUUAACCGCCAUAAACGAGAGAUGACUAUGGUACCAUUUCAUUUUUGUUUCAUUGUGUUUGGCCUUUUCUAUUUUUUUUUUUUGAGUUGUUGAAUUGUAAUUUUAGAAUAUGCCGUGGGCUAAUGAAAAACAAGCCAUAAAUGGCCCCCGGCGGUGCAUUUUGGACACCCGUACAGUAUCAGUGUCCCAAACUGGACCUCUGGGUGGAAACGCGGCAUCUCUCCAGUGGAUAAAAGCUCUUAUCCAGCGAUAGCAAUAACUUCCAUGACCCGUUCCAGAACUCACAUGUUGCUUGUCUUGAUGCUGCUGAUGUUUGUCAUGAUUGUUUGUGUUGUGCAAGAGCGUAUACUGUACGUGCAUGCGUGGCGUUUAAUGGCGUGACGUGUUGAUGACUUGCGGCGGGGGAUGUGAUCUCUGUCCUCAGUUUUAUUGUCUUAUGUUUUAUUGUUUCUUUUUUUCCCUUCAUUCCCUGCAUCGUCACAGUAGAUGUCAAACAUUUACAUGAAAACCAAAAAGGUCACUUCAAGGACUCAUCUACAUGGAUAAUUUAAUGCUGACUUGAUAUUAUAUACGGUAUGUAUACUUAUAUUCAAUACAUGACAUGUAGGUGGCCACACACACACACGCACAUAUAUACUGUGUUUGUGUAUAUAUAUAUAUAUAUAUAUAUAUAUAUAUAUAUAUAUAUAUAUAUAUAUAUAUAUAUAUAUACAGUAUAUAUUUGUAUGUAUGUAGCUAUGUUUAUUCAUAUAUAUAUAUAUAUAUAUAUAUAUCAACGACGGAGUAUUAGAGCGACAUUGAGAGAAAAAAAUAAUCUGAGAUUUCGAGUAUAAAGGCGUAGAUUUAGGAGAAUAAAGUCAUAAAUGUAUUUAUUUAUUCCCGUAAUAUUCCGCCUUUUUUCUCAUAAACGUAUGGCUUUAUUCUCGUAAAUUUACAACUUUAUUCUGGUAGUCUUACAAUUUUUUUCUUCUAAAUUUGCGACUUUAUUCUCGUAAUAUUACGACUCUAGUCUCGUAAAUUUACGACUUUAUUCUCAUAAAUUGCGCGUUUCUUUGGUACAUUUACGUCUUUAUUCUCGUAAGAUUACGACUUUAUUCUCGUACAUUUACUUUAUUCUCAUAAAUUUACGAGAACAGAGUCGGAAAUUUAGGAGAAUAACGUCAGAAAUGUAUUUAUUUUUUUUGUAAAUUUACGACUUAAUUCCCGUAAUAUUGCAACUAUUUUCUCAUAAAUUUACGACUUUAUUCUUGUAAUUUUACGACUUUAUUCUGGUAGCAUCAUGACUUUAUUCUCGUAAAUUUACGACUUUAUUCUCGUAAAUUACAACUUUUUUCUCGUAAAUUUAAGAGUUUUUUCUCCUAAUAUUACAACUUUUUUCUCAAAAAAAAAUUUUUCUCGAUGUGGCCCUGAUACUCAGUCGUAGAAGUCAAUAUCCUGCCGCUCAUGAAAAAAUGAUUAUGCUUUUAGGGAUGUUUUUCCAUUUGUCACCACAAGAGGCGCUGCGGUGCGCCCGUGGCAGGACACCACAUUUUGAAGCAGUCAAUAUUUUUGUUGUAAGUGUUGUGUUAGCGAUGUUUUCCGUCUGAACUAAGAAGGGAACGUCUAAUUGAUCACGUGGAAGAUAACAAAACGUUCAAGGCCACAAUGACACCAAACAACAAAGCAAAUAAAAGCUGCUUUUUAGCGCCAUCUUGGACUUUUUCCUCUCUCACUUUCAUUAGCGUGCCCCCCCCGAUUUUGUUCUUAUAUUGUGGAUUUGUGCCUUUUUUUGUCAUCUUAAUCUUCCAAUAACACAAACUGUACAUUGGAAACAUGAAUAAAAAACAAUUAAGCAAAGCAAAUGUAUUUUAUUUUGUAUUUUAUUCUUCGGAAUUGGAGCAAAUAAUUUGAAGCCGUUUGUGUGACUCAGCACACACACACACGGUUGCGCAGUAAUGGCAGAAUUAAUCAAGCUUUGGUUGGCAAAGCUUACGUUUAAAUCCUGAUUACGAGGCCCGUUACACAUUCUGUGGGACGUUAAUGACUUCAAAGAGGCUAAAAAUGUUUUUUUUAGGCACCUACGACAAAAAUACUAGUCAAAGAUCCUUUGGGUUGACAACCUUUAGCAUCCAAAGAGCCAUUUUGCCUCCUCUUCCAGUAAAAAAAAAUUGUCUGGGGCCACAAAACAUUACAUAACUUAUGAGCUUGUGAAAAUUGUAAUCUUUUUAAAAUGUUACUUGUUACAACAACAAAAUUCAACAAACUAGUGCAGUGUUCAUGCUCUGAAAUCAUUUAAACACUGAAUUCUGUAAGCCUUUUUGAGUGGUUCCCAUAUUUGUUUAAAAUGAAAACAAAAUGUAGCCAACUUUAACAAAAAAAAGCUCAUCAGAGUUCACUAAUCUGCAUAUCAGUGUUUGCUCAAUAGUGUUUUUGAAUUGUCAUCAGUAAGCAUUCUAUUGGUCCCGUCCUUGACUGUUUUUGCAGAAAGAGGCAUUUUUCAAUUUCUCAAUCAUUCCAUUUUCCUCCGCUGAUCUGGGUCGCGGGAGCAGCAGUCUCAGUAGGGAAGUCCAGACUUCCCGGUCCCCGGCCACCACUUCCAAUUCCACCGGGAGGACACCAAGACAUUCCCAGGCCAGUUGUGAGACAUAAUCCCUCCAGCGUGUCCUACUGUAGGUCUGCCUCGGGGGCCUUUUCCCGGCUGUGCAUGCCCGGAACACCUCACCAGGGAGGCAUCUGGACUAGAUGCCCAACUGGCUCCUUUCGAUGUGAAGGAGCAGCGGCUCUACUCUGAGCUCCUUCCGGAUGACCAAGCUCCUCACCCUAUCUCUUAAGGUGAGUCCAGUCCAGGAUUGCCAGAGAUCCUCUGUAUGACAGGAGCACUCUGCUGAUUUUAAGCACCUACUACGAAAACAAGAGUCAGAGAUCCUCAAUAUGACAGACUCGCAAAUGCUAGUCAAAGAUCCUCGAUAUGACAGGAGUGCUCUGUUUUUAAACCUUACAACAAAAACACUAGUCAGAAGUCCUCUAUAUCAGUGGUACCGGGCCGUGGGUCAUUUGGUACCGGGACGCACAGAAAGAAAAAAAUAUUUCCAUUAUUUCAUUUUUUUUAUGUUUUAUUUUGAAAAGUGGCCGGAUCAUUUCUGUUACAUCCGUCUCACUUGACGCAUGUCCAUUGUGCGUGUGCUAAUUUUAUCUCCGCACAGAUAGACUACUACUGUAUUUUUACUAUUUUUCUUUCACCUCAUAUUUGGUGUCAAAUGCUGAUACUAUGUGGGAAUGCAUAAAGGUGGAAAGGGUUCAUUCAAAGACGGAGACAACAAUGGAGUCCUGCCGUUGUGGACUUGGCGGCUUGCGUCAUGUAGACACGCGCUCACGCAGACUCCAUGGAUGACGUCAUCGCUCUCCACUUAGCAUAAGAGCCGGAUCC